AUGCCAAAACUAGCCAUGAAUUUCUUCCUUUUAAUCUCCCCUAAUGCCUUAGUCAAUUAUUGUCAUUGUUCUGGCUCUCCAUUUCUCAACUGAACCAGUCAGAGGAGGCUGGAUAUCUGCAAGACUCAAUUUAAGACCACAAACAACCAUAUUCCAUCUGAAAAAAACAAAAAUAAGAUAAAAAGGAUAAAGGAAACCCGUAACAAUUUCCUGGCAACACCUUCAUCUAUUGGAUUGCUCACUGGGAUGAGGGAUAUGAGGGGUUUGGAAGAUUUCUCCAGUUGAUUGUCACAGGAGAGCUGGCUGAGGGGAGGAAGAAGCAGGAGGAGGGGGACCUGGCAUCUCAGUGAUCCAUAGGAUGGUGGUGCUUCUCCCCUGGCUGUCCAUUAUUCUUUGGCUAGAAAAUGCGCAGGCUCAACUUGAAGAUGAAGGCAAUUUCUACUCUGAAAAUGUCAGUCGGAUUCUUGACAACUUGCUGGAAGGCUAUGACAAUCGUCUACGGCCAGGAUUUGGAGGUGCUGUCACAGAAGUCAAAACAGACAUCUAUGUGACCAGCUUUGGGCCUGUGUCAGAUGUGGAGAUGGAGUAUACAAUGGAUGUUUUUUUCCGCCAGACUUGGACUGAUGAGAGGCUGAAGUUUAGGGGUCCUGCUGAGAUUCUGAGCUUAAAUAACUUGAUGGUCAGUAAGAUAUGGACCCCUGACACUUUUUUCAGAAAUGGGAAGAAGUCAAUUGCUCACAACAUGACCACGCCUAACAAGCUCUUCCGAUUAAUGCAGAACGGAACAAUCCUGUACACCAUGAGGCUUACCAUCAAUGCCGAUUGUCCCAUGAGGCUGGUUAACUUCCCCAUGGAUGGACAUGCUUGUCCACUCAAGUUUGGGAGCUAUGCUUACCCAAAAAGUGAAAUCAUAUAUACUUGGAAAAAAGGACCGCUUUACUCAGUAGAAGUCCCAGAGGAAUCUUCCAGCCUCCUCCAGUAUGAUUUGAUUGGGCAAACAGUCUCUAGUGAGACAAUUAAAUCUAACACAGGUGAAUAUGUAAUAAUGACAGUCUAUUUCCACUUACAAAGGAAGAUGGGCUACUUCAUGAUCCAGAUAUACACUCCAUGCAUUAUGACAGUCAUUCUUUCUCAGGUGUCUUUCUGGAUUAAUAAGGAGUCAGUCCCAGCAAGAACUGUCUUUGGAAUCACCACUGUUUUAACGAUGACCACCUUAAGCAUCAGUGCCCGGCACUCCCUGCCCAAAGUGUCCUAUGCAACAGCCAUGGAUUGGUUCAUAGCUGUGUGCUUUGCUUUUGUCUUUUCUGCUCUUAUCGAGUUCGCAGCUGUCAACUACUUCACCAAUCUCCAGUCACAGAGGGCUGAGAGGAAGGCACAGACUGCAGCCCCUCCUCCUGUAGUAAUAUCAAAAGCCACUGAACCACGGGAAGCUGAGAUUAUUGUGCAUUCUGACUCCAAAUACCACCUGAAGAAGAGGAUUAGCUCCCUGACUUUGCCGAUAGUUCCAUCUUCUGAGGCCAGCAAAGUUCUCAGCAGAACGCCCAUCUUACAAACAACACCUGUCACUCCACCACCACUUUUACCAGCUGUUGGGGGCACCAGUAAAAUAGAUCAGUAUUCUCGAAUUCUCUUCCCAGUAGCAUUUGCAGGGUUCAACCUUGUGUACUGGAUAGUUUACCUUUCCAAAGACACCAUGGAAGUGAGCAGUACUAUUGAAUAGUUUGCAGACCAGAUAACCUGGGUGCUGCAGUUUCUCAUUUUCCUCGCUGACAGCAAACAAAUUCCUGAGAUUUGUGUAGAUAUUCUCAUUUCAGAUAUAAAGUAAAAACUGAGUAUCUGUAAAUUCAUAACGUUGAAUGAGCAUGAAUGGACCAAAAACAAUGAUGUUACUCUUCAAAAUUAAAACUAGAAGGUUACUGAAAAUAUGAAUUUUAUAUACAAUAAAAUAAUUAAUAAUAAUAAUAAUGUACGUAGAUAAUGUAGAAUCAGGAUGAGUUUCCCAACAUUUAUUUUCAUUGUUCAAUAUUUUUUGAGACAGGUUUUCUCUGUAGAUUUGGGGCCUGUCCUAGAACUCACUCUGUAGACAAGGCUGGCCUCAACCUCACAGAGAUACACCUGCCUCUGAGUCCCAAGUGCUGGGAUUAAAGGUAUGUGUCACCACCACCAGGCUUCAUUGUUCCAUAUAUUUAAUUGUCACUGUUAAUAACAUUUUCCAUAAGGGAGACUAAUUCAGAGAUGCUAGAGAUUGUCUUAAAUUUGUUUUGGCUUAAUUUCUAGUCUAAACAUUUGUUAGUAUGUUUACUCAGCAUGCUAGAGUCCUUUAUGAUUUUACAAGAGCUUUCAGUGACAUUGGACAGCUUAUAUGGAGUUAGACAGUUCUUUUUAACCUUGCUGUGUUCUUUUACCUCAAUAAAAUGUGGCAUUAUAUACAUAUAAAUAAUACAUAGGUUAUAAAUUAUGUAUGCAUAUUUACAUAGCUUUAGUUAUGCUGCAACACUGUUGCUACUUCCCAUUGAAUUCACCUUUCAAAGAAAAUGCUUGCUGAAACACCAAGAAGUUUUAGGAAGGUCACUCUGUGCACUUUGACUGUAUAUUCUGAUUACCGUUACCACACAUAAGCUCCACUUUCCUAAAUGUAAUACUAAAUAAAGCCAUAGCAACCCGGCA